AUGAAUCUGAUACUUAUUAAGCCUUCUGAGAUUCUGAGCUCAAAAGAAGGACUGAGAGUAGAAAUAAGAAAUAAAAUAAAAAUAAGCCAUUUAAAAAAUGUAUUAAAGGUAAAGGAAGGUAAAAUUUUGAAGGUAGGAGUAGUUAACUCAGUACAAGACCACGCAACCGUGGAAAAGGUGGAGGAAGGUUCAAUAACACUCAGAUUAUCGGAUAAAUUUAAAGCGAAUCCGCCCCUGGCGGAAAAACCGCCAAUUGAUCUGGUGGUUGGAAUACCACGGCCAAAGUCACUCGAUAAGCUGCUCCAGUUGACGAGGGAGAGAAUGGAGCAGUCGCUGCUGCUAGGACUCGAGCAGGGAGUGGACACGCUGAUGCCGGAAGUGGAAGUAUUCCAGAGCCUGGGAGAGUACGAGAGGAAGUUCGCGAGCAGAAGCUACGCGCUGAAGCUGAUAGCGCACCCCGACGCGCUGGACACGCUCGGGUCGCUGAAGCUUAACGCGCACGCGAAGGGGCCGAUCCUGGUGGCAAUAGGGCCCGAGGGAGGGUGGCUCGACCACGAGCUGGAGUACUACGCCAGGCUGGGAUUCGUGCAGUUUAAGCUGACGGACAGAAUACUGAGGACUGAGGUGGCGGCAGUGGCAAUACUGUCGCAGCUAACGCUGCUGCUGAACGACGCAACACUGAGGAACGGCCUGGCGGCGGCUGUAAGAUAG